ACCCGGCCGGACGGCUCCACUCCCUCCCGCCGCUGCAGGGGGGAGCCCGGCGCCCCCGCACCCGCAGCCGCCCGGGGCCGCGCCCGUCUGCUGCCUCCUCUCACGCCGCGGCCGAAGCGAAGUUCACCGGUCGCGAAAGUUUGGUCCGAGACUCGAGCCUCGCAGCCCAGCGCGGCGGCGCCGGGUGGGAGGCGCGGCGAGCUCCCCCGUCCCGGGCGCCGAGUGCGCCCCUCCCCGAGCCCGCCGGAGCUCCCGGCGCAGCGCGCGGGCUGCGCGGCCGCGGGUGUUCUGCUGGCGACCGGCCCGUGGCGAGCCAGGUUCCCGCGGCCGCGUGGUAGCAGGAGGCUGCAGCCCGCGUGGGAAGGAUGGAGCUGGCGUCUCGCUCACAGAUCCCUAAAGAAGUGGCUGACAUCUUUAACGCCCCCAGUGAUGAUGAAGAGUUUGUCGGUUUCCAAGAUGAUGUUCCCAUGGAAACCUUCUCAUCAGAGGAGAGCUGUGAUAGUUUUGACUCUCUGGAGCCAGGGAAACAGCAGGAUGUGCGUUUCCAUUCUAAAUACUUCACGGAAGAGCUAAGAAGAAUUUUUAUAGAGGACACUGACUCAGAAACGGAAGAAUUUGAAGGAUUUACACAGAAUGAUCUGAAUGUAAACAGUAACCCAGAAGUAAUGCUUGUGGAGUCAGAUUUGAGCGAUGCUGGUAAGGUGUCUUCAGCGAGUGAAGAAGAGGAUGAAGAAGAAAAGGCUACACCCAGGAGAAGCAGGCCGAGGAGAAGCAGUAUUGGUCUUCGAGUAGCCUUUCAAUUCCCCACCAAGAAACUGGCAAAAAAAUCUGAUGACAGUUCUUCUGAGCCGCUAUUUCCUAGCAAACGCUUACAGGACAAUAAAAAAGCAAUUCUUGGAAGAAAGAGAAGCUGCAGACAGGGGAAGGAAAGGGAAGAUUCGGUGUCUGAAUCUGAGGAUGACUCCAGGGAUGAGGGCCAGGAGAGCUCUGAUGCGCUGCUGAAAAGGACCAUGAACAUCAAGGAGAACAAAGCCAUGCUGGCUCAGUUAUUGGCAGAACUGAACUCAAUGCCGGAUUUCUUCCCAGUACGAACCCCAAACUCAGCCUCUAAGAAGAGAACAGUGAGGCGGGCUUUGUCCGAGGGACAGAUCACAAGACGCACUAACCCCACCCGGAGCGCGCGGCCUCCUGAGAAAUUUGCCCUGGAGAACUUCACUGUCUCCGCUGCCAAAUUUGCAGAAGAGUUCUACAGUUUCAGGAGAAGGAAGACAAUUAGCGGGGGGAAAUGCCAGGGGUAUAGACGGCGUCACCGUGUAUCUUCCUUUCGGCCGGUGGAGGAUAUCACUGAAGAGGACUUAGAAAAUGUUGCCAUCACCGUUCGAGAUAAAAUCUACGAUAAAGUUCUGGGCAACACUUGCCAUCAGUGCAGGCAGAAGACCAUCGACACCAAGACGGUGUGUCGGAACCAGGGCUGCGGUGGGGUCCGAGGACAGUUCUGUGGGCCGUGCCUGCGGAAUCGCUACGGGGAGGACGUGAGAUCUGCACUGCUGGACCCGGAUUGGAUGUGUCCUCCCUGCCGUGGGAUCUGCAAUUGCAGUUACUGUCGCAAGCGUGAUGGCCGCUGUGCCACAGGGAUCCUCAUUCACCUAGCCAAGUUUUAUGGUUACAAUAAUGUCAAGGAAUACCUGGAGAGCUUACAGAAGCAGCUGGUAGAAGAUAAUUAAGAACAAAACCAGCCACCUCACCGUAAAGAACUCUAGCAACAUAUGCCAUCCCACGGGUGCCUACGAUUUCUUCCAGUUGUGUUUUUAUACAGAAGUUGUUUGUAGAUCUAAAUACUAUUUUUUUAAAAUUGUUUAUAUGCUUGAAAAGGUUUCUCAGGAAGACGGCAAAGCAGAGGAAUCUAUUAACAUAUAUCCACGGGCCCCUAUGCGUAGUGAGUGGUUUAAAAGCAUCUGCAUAUGACAAAAACACAGCUUAAAUGGGGUGGAGUUAAAGUCCAGGUAAGUUCCAGGGCAAACGUUGUGUAAGCAGCUCUUGCCUUUGACACUAUUUGGUGCCUUGAUCUUUACCUCCCAGGCAGUGACCACAGUUCAGACCAGGUAGUUAGUGCCUCUCUGGGUCAUUGGAAAUUUAUGUUAAAGAAAGAAUGUUCUCUUAAAUUACAAAGUGCAAUUAACCCAUA